GCCAUAGCCACCCCCCACGGGUCUCCGUCCCCCAUGUCUGCCUCCUCCGCAGAAGAGAAGCGUUCGGUCAACUCCGACAACAUCAAGGACGUCGAGCACUUUGUGCAGCCUGUUCCACCGAGCUACGACAAUGUCCCCCGCACUCGCUUCCGCGCACUGUGGGCCAUCGUCGAGAAGCUCGACAAGUAUGGUGUCGAGGCGCAGGGAAUCGAGCGCAUUCCCUCAGAUCAGCGCAACCAGACGUCCGUUCUGGCGCCCUUCUGGAUGUGGUUGGCCGCAAAUAUGACCACGUCGACGUUCUCACUGGGGACGCUCGGAAAUUCCUUGUUCUACUUGGGUCUCCGAGAUGCAGUCCUAACCAUCAUUUUCUUCAACCUGCUAUGUACACUCCCCGUCGCCUACUUCUCUACCUGGGGCCCCAAGCUUGGUUUGCGGCAAUUAACUUUGUCUCGCUUUUCCUUCGGCUACCUCACCUCUCUUAUCCCCAUCGUGCUCAACUGCAUAGCCUGUGUUGGGUGGUCUGUGGUAAAUUCUAUCGUCGGUGCACAGGCGCUCCGAGCAGUCAGCGACUCACAUCAAAUACCUACCGCCGCGGCAAUCAUCGUCAUUGCCAUCGGCACUAUCGCCGUCUCGUUCAUGGGCUACCGCGUCGUCCACCUAUACGAGAAGUAUUCAUGGAUACCCGUGGCAGUCAUCUUCAUCAUUUACCUCGGGCAAAUAGCACGCUUCUGCGACAGCGGCCCAUGGGGAGGAACCGGCCCCGUCGAAGCUGGCAACGUGCUCUCCUUCGGUGCUGCCAUCGCUGGCUUCGCCCUCGGGUGGACGUCCCUCGCAGCUGACUACACCGUGCGCAUGCCAGAGAACAUCUCCUCCGUCAAGGUCUUCGUGUGGACGUACAUCGGGCUCAACAUCCCGCUCAUCCUCGUCGAGUGCCUCGGCGCGGCCGCGAUGACGACGCUCACGGCCAAGACGACGUGGGCGGACGCGUACGCCGCCAACUCGGUCGGCGGGCUGCUCGGCGCGGGGCUGUCGGGGCCCAUGGGCGGGUUCGGGCGCUUCCUGCUCGUGAUCCUCUCGCUGAGCAUCAUCGCGAACAACAUCCCGAACAUCUACUCGCUCGCGCUGACGUUCCAGAACAUCCACCCGUACGCGCAGGCGAUCCCGCGCGUGUUCAUCGUCGUCGUCGGCAGCGUCGUGUACAUCGUGCUCGCGAUCGUCGGCGCGAGCCACUUUGAGGAGUGGCUCGACACGCUGCUCACGAUCCUGAGCUACUGGCUCGCGAUCUUCAGCACGAUCCUCAUCGAGGAGCACCUCAUCUUCCGCCGUGGCCGCUGGGCGAACUAUGAGCCUGAUGAGUACAAUAACUGGCGCAAGCUGCCGCUUGGCGUCGCGUCGUUCAUUGCGCUCGGAUGCGGUGUUGCCGGCGCGGUUCUCGGUAUGGCGCAGGUGUGGUAUGUUGGCCAGAUUGCGCGACAUAUUGGCGACCCCAUUUAUGGCGGUGAUAUUGGCUUCGAGCUCAGUUUCGCAUUCACCGCGGUUGUCUUCCCGCCGCUACGGUAUAUAGAGAAGAAGUACUGGGGUUAUUGAUGGGUGGAAUGUUGUAAUUUAGAGUAGAUCUCGCCAUUGCCUCACAGCCUAGUCCGCUUAUGUACGCAACAGCCCAGGAUUUCUCUGUGCCAAUAAUAAAUGCUUGCUCCC